GUAUCGACUUCAAAAUCAGAACGAUCGAGCUGGACGGCAAGAGAAUCAAACUGCAGAUCUGGGACACGGCCGGGCAGGAGCGAUUCCGGACCAUCACGACAGCCUACUACCGGGGAGCCAUGGGCAUUAUGUUGGUCUAUGACAUCACCAAUGAAAAAUCCUUUGAAAACAUUCGGAACUGGGUCAGGAAUAUUGAAGAGCACGCCUCUCCAGAUGUUGAAAAAAUGAUCCUUGGGAACAAAUGUGACGCAAAUGACAAAAGACAAGUUUCUAGAGAGCAAGGGGAGAAGCUUGCUGCAAGCUUCGGAAUUAAAUUUAUGGAGACCAGUGCGAAAGCGAAUAUAAACAUAGAGAACGCAUUUUUCACUCUUGCAAGAGAUAUCAAAGCAAAAAUGGACAAGAAGUUGGAAGGCAAUAGCCCACAAGGCAGCAACCAGGGAGUCAAAAUCACACCAGACCAGCAAAAGAAAAGCAGCUUUUUCCGAUGUGUUCUUCUGUGAGGGACACGGCCUUAAUGGGAGCCUCUGCUCGGCCGAGCUGGACUGUGCCUGCUCUGAGUGAGAUUUCCUCUGUCUGUGGACUCGGCGUUUUCAAAAGACUUUGUCACUUUGUGACCAUCUGAAUAAGAAAUUGUUUAUUUUAGUAAUUGUCUGACUCUUCAAUUUUGGAGAUGAAACAGGUUUAUUUUUGUCAGAUUGCCACCGGGCAUGUGUGUUGUCUAGCAGAGGGAGUACAGAUCAAACGUGACCUGUCGUACAGCACCUUGGCAGGCUUCAACCUUUUUGUUCGUGUCUGUAAUGUGUCCAGAUUAGAAAGAUGAAGUUACGGUCAGAAUAAGGAACUGAAAUGC